ACCCAUCUCAGCCAUGGCAGGCCUCAGGCUCCCCCAAAAGUCUUUCGCAGUUUCUUCUCGCUGGCAAGGCAUAGUCUCUUCUAGAGCAUUCUCAACUACUAUUCGCGCUAUGGCGGAACAGACAUUCAGGACGGAGAAGGAUACGUUCGGAGACCUGAAGGUACCUUCAGACAGGUACUGGGGUGCUCAGACACAACGGUCACUGCAGAACUUCGACAUUGGCGGACCUUCGGAACGUUUGCCCCCACCUCUGAUUAAGGCUUUCGGUGUGUUGAAGAAGGCGGCUUCGGUGGUCAAUGUUGGAUAUGGGAUGGACCCAAAGGUUGGGGAGGCUAUCCAGCAGGCUGCAGAUGAGGUCAUUUCCGGAAAGCUGAUGGACCAUUUCCCUCUUGUUGUUUUCCAAACUGGCAGUGGAACGCAAAGCAACAUGAACGUGAACGAGGUUAUCUCUAACCGCGCUAUUGAGAUUUUGGGUGGGGAGCUGGGCUCUAAGAAGCCCGUUCAUCCCAACGACCAUGUUAAUAUGAGCCAGAGCAGUAACGAUACUUUCCCAACUGCGAUGCAUGUCGCCGCAGUGACCGAGAUCGUCAACUCCCUAGUCCCCGCUCUCGAGGAGCUCCGCGAUGCCUUGGAUGCAAAGGCUAAGGCGUUCGACCACAUCAUCAAAAUUGGUCGUACACAUCUUCAGGAUGCUACUCCUUUGACUUUGGGUCAAGAAUUUAGCGGCUACGUAACCCAAGUUUCGAAUGGGAUUGAUCGUGUGAAGGAUGUACUCCCACGACUCAGCCUUCUGGCUCAGGGUGGUACCGCUGUCGGCACUGGCUUGAACACCAAGAAGGGUUUCGAUGUGAAGGUCGCUGCUGAGAUUAGCAAGAUUAGCGGUAUCGAGUUCAAGACAGCUCCGAACAAGUUCGAAGCCCUUGCCGCUCACGACGCGCUCGUGGAAGCCCAUGGUGCACUCAAUGUCAUUGCUUGCUCGUUCAUGAAGAUCGCCAACGACAUUCGCUACCUCGGCUCCGGCCCUCGCUGCGGUCUCGGUGAACUCAGCUUGCCAGAGAACGAGCCCGGAAGCAGCAUCAUGCCUGGAAAGGUUAACCCUACGCAGUGCGAGGCCUUGACUAUGGUCGCUGCUCAGGUCAUCGGCAAUCAGACUGUCGUCAGCAUCGCUGGCUCGAAUGGACAAUUCGAGUUGAACGUGUUCAAGCCAGUCAUCAUCAAGAAUGUUCUCCAGAGCAUCCGUCUCCUCGCUGACGGCUCGCGGUCGUUCACGAAGAACUGUGUCGUCGGUAUUGAGGCCAACGAGAAGCGCAUUAACACCAUCCUCAACGAGUCUCUGAUGCUCGCCACCAUUCUCAACAGCCACCUUGGAUACGAUAAUGUGGCGAAGUGCGCGAAGAAGGCGCACAAGGAGGGCACGACGUUGAAGGAGGCUACAGUCUCCCUCGGAUUCUUGACCCCGGAAGAGUUCGACGCGAAGGUCAAGCCGGAGUUGAUGCUUUACCCUGAUGAGCCCUAGAGGCUGCUUCGGUGCUUUCCUUCCAUCUUUGGAACUGGGUUCAGAUAUGAGAUGUAUCGUAGCUAUAUCAGUGUACGGAGGCGUGAAUGCAGUCCAGAAAC